GGGGCGCGGCCGCUCCGGCCCGGGGCGCGGGGCCGCUCCGCCGCCGCGGGGGGCGCACGGCAGAUGCACCGACUCCAGCCCAAACCACCGCGGGCAAGAGCCGAGGGGCCGGCGGCCGCGUGAGCAAGCCAGCGCGGCGCCAUGCCUCCGGUGGAGCCGUUCCUCCUGCGCUCCGCGACCAUGUGGCUGCUCCUGCAGAGCGUCCUCCUCCUGGCCUCCUGCCUCCGCUCGGCCGCCGCCUUCCCCAAGGGCUGCUACCCCUCGGAGGAGGAGGGGCUGAAGACCUUCCGCUGCAGCAACGCUCAGCUGACCGAGGUCCCCAAAGACAUCCCCAACGACACCAACAAGCUCUACCUGGACUCCAACCGAAUCCCCUUCCUGCCCCGCGAUGCCUUUCGGGACCUGCCGCUGCUGCUGGAGCUGGACCUGUCCCACAACGCCAUCGCCGGCGUCGAGAGCGGGGCUUUCCGCGGCCUGGGCGACCACCUGCACUCCCUGGACUUGUCUUCCAACAGGCUGGUGUCGGUCAGCAAGGACGCCUUCAGCAACCUGAAGGCCAAGGUCAACCUCUCCAACAACCCUUGGCUGUGUGACUGCCGGCUGCAGGAGCUGAUCCGCACGGUGGAGCUGGCGGCCGGCUCCUCGGGCGGCAUCGUCUGCGACUCCUCCGUGCAGGAGGAGCACGUCGGCAAAGCCUUCCUGCAGGUGAUCGCGGACACGGACUUCUGCAACAUGUACAAAAAGACCACGGACAUCGCCAUGCUGGUCACCAUGUUCGGCUGGUUCGCCAUGGUGAUCUCCUACUUGGUCUACUACGUGCGGCAGAACCAGGAGGACGCCCGGCGGCACCUCGAGUAUCUCAAGUCCUUGCCCAGCAAGCAGCGGCGCUCGGAGGAGUCGUCCACCAUCAGCACCGUGGUGUGAGGGACCCGUGGGGCCCGGGGCCAGCCGGGGCUGUUCCCGGCUGCUGUCACCGCGCAGAAAUCGCCGUGCUUUGUUUUAUUCUGGGGGAGUCGGUGUCUGGCCGGGGCAGCCGUGGCCGCCCGCAGCAAUGCGAGCACCGGGGUCGGGCACGGUGAGGGGACGCGGCUGCAGCGGGGAGCGGUUAUUGGCAACAAGGACGGAGCAAGCGGGGAGACCCCCAGCGUGCCCCCGCCGCACGGCCAUCGCUCCAACUAAGCUGGACAUUUGGACUUCAUUCCAAACUUCUUUAUUUCCUUUGCAGAGAUCCCCUGGGGCAUUAACGAAAUCAGUGUUUUAAUCCCUCCGGCUUACCCUCCGCCGCCCGAGGGAUGUUCCCGGCGGCACAGGGCGCCUGGCUGCCCGCCCAGGGGGACGCGGGCUGGGCUCAGAGCUGCAGCCCAGCGGGACCGACGGACAGGGGACAGGGGGACACAGCGGUGGGGAAAGGCGAGGGGCGGGCGCGGGUUUGCCCCAGCUCCUGUCCCUCGCGCUGGGCCCCAUCUCCCCUCUCCGCCCUCGCUGCUCCCUGGCUGAUCCCGGGUGGAGUGAGGGGCGCGGGGUCCCACAGCAGGGGGUCCCCCGCUUGGAGAUGGAUGCUGGGGGGGGGUCAAACCAGGACCUCCCGUUCUGAGUGUGCGUUUCUGCAAGAUGCAAACGGGAAACGAGCUUGCCCUGGGCUGAGCCCUGUGCCACGGGAGGUGGGUAGUGAUGGAGGGGGCCGAGUGCAUGGGGGGAGCGGGUUCCCCCUCGGUGCUCCCCAGAAACCACGCGGGUCGGGGCUUCAAGCCCAGUGGCACCGCCACCACUGCGGCUCCCGCCUCUUACUCAAGGACUCACACGGCUGCGACCGGUCACUGUGACGGCGCUGGGAUGGGGACGAGGCGGCUGCUCGUCCGCCUGCUCCCUGCUUCCCGUGCCGCUGGCAGGAGCCUGAAUCUCCCCUCACCCUAAAAAGCCCCAACGUCCCUUUUUGACACUUCCCGGAUUGGGCUGCAGGUUCCUGGUUUCGGUAGGUAGAGAUGGGCCAGAAGCACCGCGCCGCCGGGGCUGCCCCACGUGCGCCCGGCUGCAUUCGGCUCCGCUCCCACCUCGGGGUGUGCAGGGUCCAAGCGGAGCCUCGGAGCAAAGCCAGACCAGAACUGGACCCUUCUGGCCCCUGAGAGCUGUUUUUUUGCUGGUUUUGCCCUUUUUUAAACCAACUGAAGCUAAACUGCCUUAACUCACCAAGAGCACCAACCAAAGCUGCUUGAACAUCCUCUGGCAGCACCCGCCCCGGAGCAGCGGGGGCUUUUUAUUGCUGGAUCCUGGCCCCGGCUGCGCCGUGCGUCUGGGGGCAGGCAGGGCUCGGGGCCCCCGCUCUUCUCCCGUCCCUCCUGCAGCCGGGGCUGGCGGAGGGAGCGGUGCCCGCACCCUCCCACAAGUGCCUACAUCCCCAGCGCAGCCCCGUGAUGCACAAACGCCCCCGGCCCAGCCCCAGCCCAUGCAGCCACUGCCCCCUCCCCACGGCGGAGGAAAGGGGCUGGGGGGAACCGGACCGAGCCCCCGCGGGCACCCCCGGGUGGUCGCUUGCACACCUGGGUGGGGGCACCGCCGGGACCGUCUGACCCAAUAUGUGUUUUGUUUAAGGGACCUUUCAUGUUCUUACUUUAUACAAUAAAUUGGCUUUUACUUUGGA